AAUGGUAACUUGGCAGCUGGUGGACUUGAACCUGAAUCCUUCAGGACCCAAGUCAAGUGGACUUGGGACCACCACUGCCCCUUUAAAUGCUGGACUUAAUGAUUUAUGAAUGAAAACUGAAAGCACCAUAUAUGUUAACAAUUAAAAAUAAUUAAUUGGAUUUAUUAAAUUGCUGCACACACAAUGAAUUGUUUAAAUAUGUUUAAACACUGCAGUACAUCCUACAGAUCAAUAUUGGUUUAGGUCUUAUGUGGUGUGGUCCAGAGCUGUGUCAGCCUUUUAUUGUAAGGCUCUGACUGACUGUUAAACAAUAUAGAAUUAUACCCUAAAAUACACAUUUUUUGUCAAAGUGCAGUGUUGAAAAUGUAAUUUGGAGCGCGUUUACAUUUUAAUCUUAAUAAUGUUUAUGGUAAUUUGAAAAUGUCUUUAUCGUGUUUGAUAGUUGGGCGGAUAUGUACAUAUUAAAAUCAUUAUUUCUUUUUUAAAAAAACGCACAAAACGAGUCCUCUAAACUAUGGCAACCCCGCCCUCAGUAAAUGUGCGGGCACCGAGGUUUACAAAACAAGCCGCCACGGAGGUUUGACUGUGUGUCUCAUCUACUUCCAUAGCGACGAAUCCAAGCUCGAGAUAAACGGCGCUUCUUUCAAACUCUACGGGGAAACACAUACUCUCGAAGUAGUAUAUUUUGUGAUUAUACCCGACUGCAAAUGGAAUAAUUUAAUGGACACUAUUCUUUUUUGUUCGUCGUAAGUCGAAGAUGUAGUGUGGAGUUGACGUUGGUAAAGCUAACGAAAGCUACCGUUACUGUCAACCGUACGUUCCUCGAAAUGCUGCGUUAUUGGUUUACAAUAGCUAAACUGUGACGUGGAAGUAGGUUAGUGGGGCAUAUAAGACCCGGUUAAUGUGUAGUUCAUGAUAAAUGCACAGAAUGCUAAAUUUUGUUUAUUAGCUACAGCAAACAUGUUAGCUAGUUUAACUAAACAUUACUAUAAUUGGAGAUUUAUAAUGUUUGUAAGUAACGCAGGACUUCAGUAAUAGUGUCUUGGUUUGCCGGUUAAUGCGAAUGCCAUAUUAUGCUAUUAUAAGUUUAGUGCCACAUCAAAGCCAUGGCGAGCAACGCAGAGAGGAAGUACAUUAACUUAAGGAAACGUCUGGAUCAGUUGGGUUACCGACAGCCACUAGCAAUAGAGUCGCUGCCAUUGGUGGAGAAGCUGUUCAGUGACUUGGUUCACACAACAGAGAGCCUUCGCAGUGCCAAACUGUCAGCAGGGAAAAAUGAGAAAGAAAGCCAGAACCUUGAUUCCGUUCUAGAACCAUAUAAGACGGAGAAUGCACGGGUGAUCAGAGAGAACAAUGAGCUGCAUCUUGACCUUAUGAAGCUAAAGGAGGAGAAGGAUCGACUUACCAAAGAGCUCAAGACUCGCAUCAGAAAACUCGACCAUGAAACAUCUGACCUGAAGUUUUUAAACAAUCAGUAUGUUCACAAGGUUCGUUGCCUGGAGAAGGACAGCAAGGCAAAAACUGAGCGUAUUCAGCAGUUGCAAGAAAAGAACAUGCAAGCCGUAGUGCAGACUCCAGGUGGGAAGAAACACAGUAUUCCUUUCAGACGUCAGAGAAUGCAGAUUGACGAACACUUACCGCCUUCAUCAACAUCGUCCUACCCUGUGUUGCAGCCUGAUGAUCCCUACAUAGCUGACCUACUCCAGAUAGCAGAUAGGAGAAUUAAUGAGCUGCAGGAAGAAAUUCUGAAAGUCAAACUGGAACUGGAAAACUCUGAGGAAUAUGCAAAGCACUUAAACACACAGGUGGAAAACAGGGACAAAGAAAUCAAGCGACUGAAUCAUGUUCUCCACGGAGGUCGACCUCAUGAUGUUAUUUCUUUAGAGGCUCAGAACGUCAGCAACGAGAAACUGAUUUCUCAUCUUAACCUCCAGAUUGAGUACCUGCAGGAGACAAACAGGACCCUAAAGCACAAAGUAGAUGAACUGCAACAGAAGAAGAUAGACGCCUCAGAGGAAGUGGCGAACCUGUCUGUGAAGAAUCUAGAACUGUGUGAAGAACUUACACACAUUGAUGACCUGGCAAAACAGCUAGAGAUGGAUAAAGAACACAUGUUGGAAACGGCUCAUGUGGAACUACAAGAAGCCAAAAAAGAAAUUCAGAAACAACAGAAAAUAAUUCAAGACUUGGAAGAUAGUGUUUCACAAACAAGAAAGGAACAGUCCAUAGAUGGCUUUGAAAAAAAACGUCUUCAUGAUCAGCUUGUGGACCUUAAGGAGCAAAAUAGCAAAAUGGAGGAAAUGGUGAAUUGCACGGAGGAAGAUAAGAUCAGGCUGCAGCAUAAAUUAGAUAAAAUGAUGUUAUUUGAAAAAGAACUGGUACUGGAGCUGGAGACAAUGCGAGUCAAACAUGGCAUUUGUGGAAGGGAACGCUCCCCAUCUCGUCUAGAUGCAUUUGUCAAGAGUCUAGAGGAGGAGAGGGAUUUUUAUCGCCAGGAGGCCGAGCGCUACAAAAGAGCCAGCGGCUUGGAGUUGAGCCCAAGUCGUAGCUCAGCCAAAUGUAGUCCAAUGUCCAAAGUGAAAAGGGCAGGUGCUUCAGAGGCAGAACUGUUUCGUGUGAUGAAGGAAAGAGAUGAGCUGAAGGUGGCUCUCCUGGACUUUGAGAAGCAUGUUGAGGAAAUCCAAAACAAUGCCAAGGCUCUUUGCACCGAAAGAGACCAUUUCAAGAUUCAAAUGAAAAAGGCCCAGGAGGACUUGAAGCUGAGCCAAAGCAUGAAGAAGUCAGCUGAUUUGCGAAUUUUGCAGGAUGAGUUAAAAAAGGCAGAAAUGAAAAUUGAACAGAUGAGCAUUGAAAAAGACACGCUGUUUGAAAGGUUAAAGAUAACCCAGACUUCAGCUCUCACAGACAGACAUGUUGAUGUCCAAAGAAUCUUUGACCUUGAGAAUGCUGUUAAACUUUUGGAGAAGGAGAAACUGGAGCUACACUCACAGGUGAGUCUGUUGAAGGAGAGUAGGAAAACAGUAGAAGAGGAGCUGAAGGUGCAGUCAGCUACUCUGGUCCAGAAUCAAGAGGAGGCCGUUCAGCAGAGAGACGAGAGCAAUGCUGUGCUGAGGUUGCUUCAACAACAGAUGGAACAGUCUCUUGCUGACACCAAGCACAGGCUUUCAGUGAAGAUGAAUGAGCUCCAUGAUGCCCAUGAACAAAUUGAGAAACUAGAAGAAAGAAUAGUGGAGAUGAGUAAGUACGGCCCAAAACACAAGGAGGAAAUUUCAGCGCUUCAGAAGGCCAUCUCCACCAUAGAUAAAGAGAAGGAUGCUCUGCAGGAUGAUGUAGACCAAAAGACAGAAAAGCUGGUUGCUCUCCAGGAUGAGCUGACUAAGAAGGAAAACAUCCUAAAAGAUGCCAGAGUAACAGUUGUGAACUUGAACAAUUCAUUGACUCAGCUAAAAGGUGCUUUAAAAAGCCGAGAGAGAGAAAUAAGUAGUCUGAGGAGACAACUGGACGCCUCUCAGGACGAGCUGUCAGGAAUCAGGAGAGAGAGGGAACUCACAGUGCAAGAGAACAGGAGACUAAAAGACGACUUGGUCACAAUGACCAGAGAAAACCAGGCUGUACACGUAGAGAUGCAACAGGCCAUGCAUGAGAAGGACGACCUGAAACUGAGGGUCCACUCUUACAUCACAGAAGUGGCAAAAAUUGAGAAGCUGAUGGCCACAAAGGAGAACAGGAACUUGAUGGAACAGUACAGGAUGGCUCAGUCUGAGAUGGUGGAACGGGACCAAAAGCUGCGUCAGGUGGAAAGUCUCAACAACUCUAUCCGCCUGGAGCUUCUCUCUUCAGACACAGAACGAAGGAACCUCUCCAAUACAGUCACCCAGCAGGAGAGGGAAAUCAGUCAGCAAACGCAGGCCUACCAAGCCUAUGAAGCUAAGGUAUCUUCCCUGGUUCGAGGGAUGUCCCAACUUGAAGACAAGUUGAAAAGAGCCCAGGAGGAGAAGGCAAGUCUUCAGGCAGAUGUGGCUUCUGUCAGGGAGCUGUGUGUCAAACUGGACUCUGACAAGGAGCUCACUGUACGUCAGCUCACCUCCAGAAGUAUGGACUUGGAGAGGAUGACAGGAGAGCUGGAGGAUGUUCGGUCAGAGAUGGAGCUACUUAAGAAGCAGCUGGCGAGUGAGAAGCUGACUGUGCGCAAUCUUGAAACACUGCUGUCCACCAAUCGGCAGAAGGAGUUCCACACUCAUUUAACAGCCAGCGAGAGAGAAUCCGAGCUGAAAAUCCUCCGAGAUCGACUGACCCUGGCUGACAGCAAAAUGUACAGAAAUCACGAUCACAUUGCCGAGCAUGUGAGGGAAGUGACCCAACUCCGUGGUAAAGUGUCCCAGCUGCAGACUGAGAUGGACGUUCUAAAAAGACAGCUGACCACAGAACGUUUCGAACGUGAACGAGCGAUCCAGGAAAUGCGCAAACAGGGUUUGUCUUUUUCAUCACUCCAAACCUCAACGCCCCUGAGCCUCUCCACUGGUCCUAGUUACAUAUCCUCAGAACACCCUGUCCUGCGAAGUCUUGACCACUCAACCAACAAGUCAGCGGACAGUUGAACAUAAAAUAGUUUUUUUUUUAUUUAAUUACCACUCAACAAUUAAUCCAAUUAAACCUUUGCAGAUGAGCAGAAAAACACCACACAUGUGAUGAGGUUGUUUGAUGUUUGAAAAACCAGUGAAAGAACAAAACCAUCAUAGACCAGAUCUAAUUUUAACAUCUGCUGCCCGUUAAACUUAACGAGUUUGUCUUCGGGGACAUGGUUCUACAGUCAGUGAGUAAAGAUGUCUUCAUGUGAGUCAUAAACCACUUAAAGCCUGUGCUUCAAAGUCUUAGAUCUGGUUAUGAAUUAAGUGAAAUCCUUCAUGAACCAGGGAAUAAAUUCACCACAGUGCCAACUUCUAACCUAGAACUGUCUGAACUGAACGGUUUGCUAAAACCAACUGCUCUGUGAUGGAUCCUCUUCGUCAGUGUCUGGUACAGUCAUCAACUCUAUACUCUCUACAGUAACAGUUUUAUUCUUUGUGAGUGAAUUAUGUGACAGACAGUUUCAAGGUUUUUCUGAACUUUGAACUUCCGUGUGUCUGGUCAUUUAAUGUUAAUGUAUUUUUUAUGUUUGCUCAAUGCUAAAUUAUGAAACCAAUCACAAAUAAAGUGAUACAAAGGUUAAGACACCACAGCGACUUACAUCACAAAG